CCUAGGUAAAGGCUAACUAACAACAGCUGCGGGUUGACAUAUCUGGUAUCACCUGAACAUUACUCUGGGAAGAUCAACGGGGCCAUGGAUGGCUGUUGCUUGUCAGACCUGGCUUGCUAGAGGUUGCUUUAAAAAAUCUGCCGUUGGUCCAAAGAUGGUCCAAUGCGAUACGUCAUCUUCCUUCGUUUCUAGCCAGCGCGUUAUUCCCAGCGAUGUACUGGCCAAAUGGAGUCCCUCGAGUCUAUGCGGUUAAUGGCCCUGGUAUUCAACUACCGGAAGUCGACGAUAAUGCGCAAAGCGAUGCUGGCAGCUCCCGGGAGGGCGGAGACCAGGGCUCCCGUGCGGAACGCAGCAGGACCGCCGCCGAGAGCGGCCUCGGGAGCGGAGCAUGCUGGGUAGACGAACCCAUAACUGGCCUUUGCGUUUCCCGUAGCGGGCACUUGUUCGCCACGAUGACAAAGUCCUCCAUUGCAAUUUGGCAAACUAGACCGACAGCUGUGGUGGCCGCAGUCAAGCGUUCCGACAUCUCAUUGGAAAAAUACGGCCCAAAUGCGGCGCUACUUCUACGUCCCGACUCCGCCAUUGUUGUUGUACAGACUCUCCAUGGAUAUUUAAUCACCUACUCCAUCGCAACAGAUGCCAAUUCACACGUUUACCAACAGCGUUUCCCUUUCCAUUCCAACCCACGCCGCCAGCACUCUGGUCGUCAUUUCGUCACGGAGGAAACAACUGCCAUUCUGGAAGUUAGUUUUCGUUUCAGGGUUGCCAUAAAGGUGGAUGCAGGAAUUAGCAAGGCACUGGCACUGGACAAUGAGCUGAUGGUGGCGACGGUGAAGCCAGCCGCUAUCCAGUUAAUUCGAUGGACUCCCGAUGAUACUGGACAUCAAACGAGCACGGAGCUCUUAAGCAGGAUCCCGUUUAUUUCUAAGAAGUCUACAAUUGUAGAUAUGGUCUACGACCGUGCUAUGAACAUUUUUCUGUGGAUUACGAGCGAUGGCCAAACUUAUGCGGUACAGCGCCUCAGGGAUGACGCGGAACAUUCGUCUGAAUCGAAGUCCCAGUUCAGGGGCCAUAGAUUCCAUACCCCUGAAAAUGACGGACAAAAAGCCCUUCACGUGGCUGUGAAUGCGCGGUUUUCCCUACUCGCCGUAGCCUGUGCAAACCGUGAGGUGUACGUCUACGUAGCGAAAGACUACAUGGGAAACAUACCCCUUUCACAUAAACUUGAGCUCCCUGCGUCACCAGCUUCUAUGGGUCCUGGAUCAUUUAUGAGCUAUUCUCCUGAUGGCUAUUGCCUUUUCGCGGGCUAUAAGUACGGCUGGACUACAUGGAGUGUAUUUGGUAAACCUGGAGGAACUAGCUUUGCCACUGACCGUGAUCUAGCUACCAAGAAUGGCGAGGCUUGGCUGACUGGAGUCUCUAUGGGUUCUUGGAUUGGUGGUGGUUCAUACAUUAUCCUAACAGCACCGGAGGAUAGCCAUAUCUGGGUGCUAGAAACAGCUCGCAGCGCUCUAACUGGAUGCUUCUCCUCAGCGAACAUGGCGAGAGCGCUACUGCAAACGGGAACAGAAAUCAUUUUGUAUCGCGGGCACGACUUACCAGACCUCACUACUAUAUCGGGUAAAGAUUACCUUUGGCAUCACGCCCAGUAUCCCCCUGCUUACCUCCAUGCGCAAUGGCCAAUCCGGUCUUGUAUUGUUUCUCAGGAUGGCCGAUAUGUGGCAAUUGCCGGCAGAAGAGGACUUGCUCAUUAUAGUGUCCAAAGUGGGAGAUGGAAAACGUUCGAUGACCCGAAGGCUGAAGACUCCUUUGCUGUUCAGGGCGGGUUGUGUUGGUAUGGACAUAUCUUAAUUGCUGCUGUUGAAUGUGAUAAUUCCUACGAGUUGCGGCUAUACUCUCGUGAGCUUUCCCUUAGCAGUUCUUCUGUGCUAUAUACCGAGACUCUUCCUGCGCCUGCCGUAUUCAUCGGACCUUCCGGGGAAGACUCGCUCUUGGUCUACACAUAUGACAAUAUAUUAUAUCACUAUGUGAUAAAUGCUACGCAAACGAGAAUCAGCCUUGUUCAAGUUGGUCAGAUAGCCUUUCAUGGCAUCGUUAGAGCUCCUACACGAGUUCGGGCCAUCAGUUGGGUAUUGCCUGACAGCCAGCUCCGAGAUGGUGACCCUUCCCAGGAUGUUUCUGUCGCAUCAGUUCUAUUCCUCGUUGAUGGAAAGCUUGUAUUGCUACAACCAUCAGUUUCGGAAGCGGGCGAUUUGAAAUAUGACAUGCGCAUUGUUGCCCACGAUGUGGAGUACUACAUUUUAAUGCGUGAUCAGCUGUCCUUCAACUUUGCUCCGCCCUCCGACGAACCAACCACUCCGGCAGUGGGAACCGCAGUUAGCGCGUCUCAGACUAACAUAUCUUUAAGAGAUUCUUUGUGGAUCUUUUGUGGCAAAGAUUUACUUGUGUGGAGUGAUGUACUGGAUGUUCUCCGUCCAGUCAGGGGCUCUCAAAAUGAAACAGUGAAGCCCUUGCCUAUACCAGUUGACUUUUACCCAUUAUCUAUACUUCUUAAUAAAGGCGUUGUGCUUGGUGCUGAGCCUGAAAUGAUUCAGAGACGAGAUGUUACGUUUUCCCUCCUUCGAUUUGCCAUUAGAACACAACUAUUCCUACCGUACCUCCUCCAACACAACUUAAGCCAGCUCGACACGCCAUCAGCUCUCUCCCUCUGCCAUCAUUACUCACAUUUAUCCUAUUUCCCCCACGCACUAGAAAUACUACUGCACCAUGUGCUGGAUGAUGAAGUAGACAAUCAAGAACGCCAAGCCCAGCAGGAUGGAACAGCAAGUCACCAGCUGCUACCUACCGUGCUUUCCUUCUUGCAGUCCGCUAUCCCAACCGAUGUUUAUCUGGAGAUUCUUGUUCAGUGUACCCGAAAAACAGAACUUCGAUCAUGGCGUACCCUGUUCGCUCACCUUCCUCCUCCAAAGGAACUAUUCGAACAAGCUCUCAGAUUAAACUCCCUGAAGACAGCUGGAGGCUAUUUAUUGGUACUUCAGGCAUUUGACGAGAAAGAGGACGGAGGUGCCGACAAGGGAAUUGAAGAUUCCGUCGUCCGUCUUCUCAGACUAGCUUCACAGAAGGGCGACUGGGAGCUAUGCGGGGAGCUAGCCCGUUUCGUGAUCGCCCUAGAUGAUUCCGGGGAGAUGCUCCAGCGUGCCGUCGUUAAGGUUGGAUUGAGAAGGGGAGACCAGCCGUCGCCAAACCCUUUAGGCGUAAAUCGGACCGGCAACAGAACCGUGUCCUCCAGUGGAACCUUGGGGCUGGCCCUCACUCUACCUGAACAAGACCCUGCAUCACUCUCGCCUAAUAGUAUUGGUAGUCGGCGACACAGUAGAAGAAACGGCGUGCUUACUCCGUCUAUCCCUCCUAGCACGUCAGCAACUCUAUCACCGUCCAUCUCACAACAAUCCAAAACCGAUCCUGCUGAUGAGGACAGAGACCAUUCUACAGACAACCUUGCUUCCUAAUCGCCAUCCCUACCAGCAGCUCUGCCUCAUAUGUUGGGGUAAACCUUACCGUGAUUAAUUACCCCUUAGCGCAUUGCGUUUUCUUUUACUUAUAUCCUCCUCUUUACUAUUGUUGCUGCUCAUUUAUUGAUAUAUAUAUAUACGUAUUUACGUCUCAGCGUUUUGGCCUCGUGUAUUCCUACCUUGGUUUCGUUUAACUUUCAUUCAUCCCAUUGUAGCAUGGACAGGAGGUUUUUCACAAGUGCGUAGGUUAGUUAAUUUGAGACUUUAUUUGGUCUUGUUUUAGCCUCUAGAAUAGAAUUUUCUUCGUAUCUGGCCUCUAUAAGUACUUAUAGCCACCUCUGUACUUAGAUAUGUACGAAAACAGGUUCUUGAGGUCGUCAAUAUCGGGCGGAUUAUUAAGCUUCAUUCUGUUAUCCCUCAUUCUUCCUACCAUUAUGUGUUAAAGGGGAAGAAAUCGUAUAUCCAGAUAGGUUGAGAUGAGAAUAUCACUCAAUCCAAGAUAUUUGGGUCCAUUCCUAUCCAGAAUGUAAACAUCUGGAUGAUAGGUAGUUAUCGAUAUCCACUCAAAUGAAUCACGAUCAACCACAGCC